GUUGCAACAAUGGGUAGUUGUGGUAGUAAUUUAGUAAACUCAUUUAUUUUUUAUUGCAGGCUUUUCCAUCAAAGCAAAGGAAUCGAUUGUCUUGUUGAUCACAGUUUUGGUUUGGCUAAUAUUGAUUCUUAUGAUAGCGGGAUAUCUGUGGCGGAAGAGGAAUUCAGACACAGAAGAAGAAUCUUGGAGAACCAUGACAUCUGUGCUGCUCAUCUAUACUGAUGUACUUCUCAUUGUAUUCCUCACAGCCAUCACUAUCAUCUUAUUGAUUACAGGUAGUAUCGCCAAGGACAAUGUAGCUGUGGCUGUGUCAAUCACAAUGCUGAUUUUACUAGUCGCAUUUUUUAUGCCAUUUGUGUACCUGCUCCGAAAGAUUAAUUUACACCAAGAAAAUUUCCUAAUAUCUGGAAAAUGGCUGUCCAUCUGUAAAGCUGGUUAUCUUAGUGCCAUCCUCAUUGCGGUCAUUUCCUGGGUGGCGAUUGAAGGCAUUUCACCAGAGGACACUGUGACUGUCAUUACAUUGAUCAUGGGACUGGUGCUUUCGACAAUAUAUGCCAUUGCAUUUCUCUGCUGGGCAUGGAAAGGAUUUCCAGGAAACAAAUGGUGGUGGAUCCUGAAAAUUUGCAGCAUCGUGUCUCUGGUCGUCAUCCUCAUUGCCCUCAUUUGCUGGAUUGUGUUCAAAGAUCAAGACUGUGACACCAACAUUCCCAUCUGGAUCAUACCCAUUGUAUCAAUGGUCACAUGUGUGAUAGCAUUAUCCAGGUCCUUCCCGGUUUGCCAAAGCAUACAUGAAGAAACUAACAGAGACAGCUGUGCAGAAAGAAAACAGGACAAUGGAGAAUUGCAAGAAUUACAAACUAUCAGACCAGAUCAUGAAUCUGGACCCCAAAACCUUCAGCAGGAUCAGAAAGACCCCGACAGCCUUCGGUUUCAGAUGUCACUGUGAGGGCAGCUACUGAGUCCCUGAUGUAGACAGUGGCCUGGAAAAUCUUCCCUC